AUGACUGUGGAAUGGGAUUUUGUUGAGAAAAUGUUGGUGGCUCUUAAGUUUCCUGCUCAUUUCAUCAAGCUCAUUAUGUGUUGUGUCAAAUCUCCUAGAUUUUCUCUCUCUAUAAAUGGUUCCCUGCAUGGAUUCUUUGAAGGCAAUAGUGGUCUUAGACCGGUUGAUCCUCUGUCUCCCCUCCUGUCUGUUCACCUGAUGACGCAAGGGUUCCAGCUCUUCUCAAAUACAACAAGCUUGAAAGCUAGCCCCUCUAAGACUUCUGUAUACUAUUCUGGAAUGUCUGAUACUAAUGUGCAAAGAAUCAUGGGCAAAACAUGUUUUGCUAAGGGGAGCUUUCCUUUUAGAUAUUUAGGUAUUCCUAUUUCUUCUAAAAAGAUUAAAGUUGGGGAAUGUGAGAAGAUAGUGGAGAAAAUGUGUGCCAGAAUUAAGAUCAUGGUAAUGCCAAAAGGGGUAUACAAAGCUGUAAAUAGUAUUUGUAGGAAUUUUCUAUGGAAGGGCACUGCUGAUUCUAGUGGUCCAGGAAAAGUGGCAUGGGAUUAUAUGUGCAAGCCAAAGAAAGAAGGAGAGCUGAAUUGGUGGGGUUACUCUCCUAAAGUAGGAGAUAGUUGGUACUGGAAAGCUAUUUGUCAUGUGAAAGAUCUGAUGAAAGUUUACCUGACUGAGGAUUAG